UUAGGCUCAAGAGUGCAGGAAAACAUUAUCUCCCCCUUUGAGUUUCUGCCAUCACACUUUACACUCAAAUCAGCAAAAAUGUCAAGCAAAAUGAUGCUAAUGGCUAACUCCUUAACACACGUCCGGCCUCUCACUUGCGCCGCCACUGCCGCCGCCGCCGUUUACCCAUCACGGCUAGUGGCACAACCACCGGACCUAAUCAAAUGGGUGAAAACUGAAGGUGGGUUUGUUCACAAAUCCAUUAAAAUAGCACAAGGUGAUUCCUUUGGCCUUGGAUUAGUUGCUUCUGAAGAUAUCCCAAAAGGGUCUGAUCUUAUUGCCUUACCUCAACAUAUUCCCCUCAAAUUUGAUGGGUCUUCUUCAGAAUCAGAAAAUUCCCAUUCUGCUUUGAUUAAAUUAGCUCAGCAUGUUCCUGAGGAGCUGUGGGCUAUGAAAUUGGGUUUGAAGCUUCUGCAAGAGAGAGCGAGGAAAGGUUCGUUCUGGUGGCCAUACAUCAGCAAUCUCCCAGAGACUUACUCAGUGCCGAUUUUCUUCCCUGGAGAGGAUAUAAAGAACUUGCAGUAUGCCCCUCUUCUAUAUCAGGUGAACAAAAGAUGCCGGUUUCUACUGGAAUUUGAGAAAAUUCUGAAGCAUGAACUUGAGAAUCUUAAACCUGAUGAUCAUUCUUUUAGUGGCCAAGAUGUGGAUUCAUCUGCUCUAGGAUGGGCUAUGUCAGCUGUUUCAUCUCGAGCAUUCCGGUUGUAUGGCGGUAAAUGUCCUGAUGGCACCCGCAGUAAUGUUCCUAUGAUGCUUCCACUUAUUGAUAUGUGCAACCACAGCUUUGAUCCAAAUGCUGAAAUUGUACAGGAAGAAGCAAACACCAACCGAAAUAUGCUUGUAAAGGUGGUUGCAGGAAGGGAGAUAAAGCAAAAUGAUCCGUUGCUUCUCAACUACGGCUGUUUAAGUAGUGAUCUUUUUCUUCUGGACUAUGGAUUCGUCAUUCCAUCAAACCCCUACGACUGCAUCGAACUUAAAUAUGAUGCUGCUCUUCUUGAUGCUGCCAGUAUGGCUGCAGGGGUUUCAUCCCCAAACUUCUCCUCGCCAUCCCCAUGGCAGCAGCAGAUUUUAUCGCAUUUAAAUCUAGACGGACCAAACUCUGAUCUGAAGGUGACACUAGGAGGUGGAGAGCUAGUAGAGGGCCGAUUAUUAGCAGCCUUGAGAGUUGUCCUAUCAAACGAUGAAGAAGCAGUGAAGCAGCACGACUUGGAGACGCUCAAAUCAUUGACAGUCGAAGCCCCUCUGGGAAUAUCAACUGAAGUAUCAGCUCUUCGCACCGUUGUGGCUUUGUGUGUUAUUGCUCUCGGACACUUCCCAACGAAAAUCAUGGAGGACGAGUCGUUGCUGAAGCAAAAUGUUUCACCUACUACUGAGUUGGCUCUCCAGUUCAGAAUACAAAAGAAGUCCCUCAUUGUGGAUGUUAUGAGGGAUCUUAGCAAGAGGGUAAAGUUACUCCUUGCCAAGUAGUUAAUGUACUUGUUGACACCAUCCUUUUCUAAUUAUUACUGUGGUGCCCGAGCUAGCUUACAUCUCGAGUAAUUCUACGGGGUACCUGCUACCUCCCAUCAGUAGAACUACCGGGUAACUCUAUUCACUAAGGCUUAUGGACAUCAUCUUAUUCAACACCUUCACAAAUUUCGGAAAUUUUGGUGAUUAUGGAGA